AUGGUGGACCUGGGUGGGGCUGGGCUGGGGAGAGGCCCCGAGGGAUGCGCUGGGCUGUGGGCAGAGCUGGAGUACUCUCGCACCCCAUGGCCUCCUCCACCGGGUGAAGAGAAGGUGGAAAUUUGCCUAGCCGACUGCAUAGGCCACAUCAAGUCCAAUCUGCCCCAGUGUCACACAGACAAGGACUGUUUGGGGCAAAAGAAAUGUUUUUACCUGAACUGUGGCUUCAGGUAUGUGAUUCCUGUGAAUAAACUAAAUGGAGCCUCUAUCUGCCCCAUGAAAGCACAAGGGAAUCAGUCUUUCACCGAGGAGUAG